CAGCACCAGCAUCCCCGCUCCGCUGAAAUAGCCACCGGAGAAGGAGGGGAAGGAGAGGGGGGGAGAAGAGGACACAGGGAAGAAAGAGAGAGGUAAAAGCGGAGCCUCGUAGCCCACCGCACCGCGUCAGCAUCAGGCUAGAAAAGUGGGGGGAGACCCACCCCCUUUGGAGAGGAUUCGGAGACAAAGGAAGCUUCAUGUUCAAAGGACCAGUGGAGAGCAAAAACGAAGCAGCCAUGUCUGAGCUGGUCCCAGAGCCACGACAGAAACCAGUCGUGCCGAUGAAACCCAUGGGCAUCAAUGCCAACUUGCUGGGCUACAUAGGUAUUGACUCCAUCAUCGAGCAGAUGCGCAAGAAAACCAUGAAGACGGGUUUCGACUUCAACAUCAUGGUUGUAGGUCAGAGCGGACUGGGGAAGUCGACGCUGGUGAACACCCUCUUCAAAUCCCAGGUGAGCCGCAAAUCUUCGGGCUGGAACCGUGAGGAGAAGAUCCCUAAGACGGUGGAGAUCAAAGCCAUUGGGCACGUCAUUGAAGAAGGUGGUGUCAAAAUGAAGCUGACAGUGAUUGACACGCCAGGAUUUGGGGACCAGAUCAACAAUGAGAACUGCUGGGAGCCUAUUGAGAAAUACAUCAACGAGCAAUAUGAAAAAUUUUUGAAAGAGGAGGUGAAUAUUGCAAGGAAGAAACGAAUUCCAGACACGCGAGUGCACUGCUGCCUCUACUUCAUCUCCCCCACGGGUCACUCCCUGCGGCCUUUGGACCUGGAGUUCAUGAAACAUCUCAGCAAGGUAGUGAACAUCAUCCCGGUUAUUGCCAAGGCUGACACCAUGACCUUGGAGGAGAAGAUCGAAUUCAAACAAAGAGUGCGCAAAGAGCUAGAAGUAAAUGGAAUUGAGUUUUACCCCCAAAAAGAAUUCGAUGAGGACUUGGAGGAUAAAACAGAAAACGACAAAAUCAGGCAGGAAAGCAUGCCCUUCGCAGUGGUGGGCAGCGACAAGGAGUACCAAGUGAAUGGCAAAAGAGUCCUGGGCAGGAAAACACCUUGGGGCAUCAUUGAAGUGGAAAACCUCACUCACUGUGAAUUUGCCCUACUUCGAGAUUUUGUCAUCAGGACCCACCUUCAGGACCUAAAAGAAGUGACCCACAACAUCCACUACGAGACUUACAGGGCCAAGCGGCUGAAUGACAACGGGGGGCUGCCCCCCAUGACUGUCGAGACAGAGGAAAACCACGAAAGUAACCUGUGAAUGACACCCCACCCCCCUCCACCUCCCCCCUGCUGUCACCCGGUGUCUCUGGAUGUGACAACCCACCCCUGCUACCCUUGACUCCGCCACGGGCCUGUCUGCGAAGCAUGUGGCGCGUCCUCCAUGUGCGUGAGAGGAUGCGAGCAGGAGCGUGUGCGUGUGUGCGUGUGCCUACCUACGUGCCGGAGUGGGACCAAAGGCGUCUCCCCCGUCCUUCCCAGCGUCUCCUCAUCCUCGGUUUGUUUUUUUGCACAGCAGACUGUCCGUCAUCUUCCUCUCUCUCGUUUCUGUGUCUCAGCUGUGUGUCUUGCCUGAAGGAAAUAGGGGUGGGGGGGAAGGAUUUCUAGGGGCAGGCAGGCUUUGGAGGUGAGCGGUGUGGGGCAAGCUGUGGUUCUGUUUUUAUCACUUGGAGACAUGGCAAGGAGAGACU